UGCCGAGUAGACCCACCGGCCGCCAGUCCAGCUCCAGUCCUCGUGUUGUGCUCUCUCCAUCCACCGAGGCCGAAACCACAGACAGAAAACAAUGAGGAACUGGAUUCUUCGGCAAAGAGAGCUUGUCACCUAAAGAAGAGGAGGUCUUCAGCUGGACUGGAGUCAGAAAAGCCAGAAAGAAAAGAUUCAAGACGAGCGGAAAACCCCAGAAGAGUCGGGAGCCCGAGAGCAGAGAAGAUCAGGGGCUGUGAACAUCUGCAGACUUCAGCCAGCAAGUCUUCAUCAUGGACACACAGACCGCCGUCACUUACAUGAGCGGGCAUUCACAGCAUCAAGACACCGAGCUAUUCUCGGCCGAGGAAGACAACAGCCUGUACUUCACCUACAGCGGAGGCUGCAACCAGCUGGAGGUCAACAACCUGCACUACCAGGUGGACACGGCCGCUCAGAUCCCCUGGUAUGAGAGGUUAUCGGAGUUCAAGCUGCCCUGGGCGAUAAAAGGAAACAAGCAGACGGCCAUCGACAGCCUGAGCCUGCGGGUGCGCAGCGGCCAGAUGCUGGCCGUCAUCGGCAGCUCAGGCUGUGGGAAGACGUCCCUGCUGGACAUCAUAACCUGCCGGAACGAGGGCGGCUCCAUCACCUCCGGGGAGAUCCUGAUCAACGGCAGGCCCAACACGCCGCAGCUGGUGAAGAAGAGCAUCGCCCACGUCCGCCAGGACGACCGGCUCCUCCCUCACCUCACCGUCCGAGAGACCCUGAGCUUCGUGGCCAAGCUGAGGCUCCCCACCCACUUCACACAGCAGCAGAGGGACCAGAGGGUGGACGACGUUAUAGCGGAGCUGCGGCUGCGGCAGUGUGCAAACACCAGGGUGGGCAACGACUUCGUGAGGGGCGUUUCUGGAGGGGAGAGGAGGAGAGUCAGCAUCGCCGUCCAGCUGCUGUGGAACCCCGGUAUCCUGAUCCUGGAUGAGCCGACGUCGGGCCUGGACAGCUUCACGGCCCACAACCUGGUCCUGACCCUGUCGCGCCUGGCCAGGGGGAACCGCCUGGUCCUGCUGUCGGUCCACCAGCCGCGGUCGGACAUCUUCCAGCUCUUCGACCUGGUGGUGCUGCUGUCCUCGGGGUCGGCCGUGUACUGCGGCCCGGCCCGGGACAUGGUGCAGUACUUCACCGCCCUGGGCCACCCCUGCCCCCGAUACUGCAACCCCUCAGACUUCUACGUCGAUCUGAUCAGUAUCGACCGGCGCAGUCCCGAGCGGGAGGCCGUGUGUCUGGAGCGGGCCCGGGUUCUGGCCCAGCAGUUCAUGGACAGGGUCCAGGAUACAGACGACCACAUGUGGAAACCUGCAGGGGGCGACGCGGCGCCGGCUCUGACAGACAGUCCUCAGCGUCCCAACAGGGAGCGAGGAGAAGAAGUCAUCACCGUGUCCAAGAGCGUGAACCGACUUCCUGGCAAGCUGCAGCAGUUCAGCAUCCUCAUCAGGCGUCACAUGUACAACGACUACCGGGACCUGGUGACCCUGCUGGUCCACGGCCUGGAGGCCCUGCUCAUGUCGCUGCUGGUCGGCUGUCUGUACUACGGGGCCGGGGAGCAGCGCCUGUCCAUCCAGGACACGGUGGCUCUGCUCUACAUGAUCGGAGCGCUCACCCCCUUCGCUGUGGUGCUGGACGUCAUAGCCAAAUGUCACUCAGAGAGGGCCAUGCUGUACCACGAGCUGGAGGACGGCAUGUACUCCGUCACCUCCUACUUCUUCGCCAAGGUCCUGGGGGAGCUGCCGGAGCACUGCGUGUUCACGCUGGUCUACGGUCUGCCCAUCUACUGGCUGGCGGGCCUGAACGAGGCCCCGGACCGCUUCCUGCUCAACUUCCUGGUCGUGUGGCUGAUGGUGUACUGCAGCCGGGCCAUGGCCCUGUUCGCGGCCGCCGCCCUGCCCACCCUGCAGAUCUCCGCCUUCACGGGCAACGCGCUGUUCACCGUCUUCUACCUGACCGGGGGGUUCGUCAUCAGCCUGGAGAACAUGUGGCUGGUGGCCUCCUGGUUCUCCCACAUCUCCUUCAUGCGCUGGGGCUUCGAGGCCAUGCUGCAGCUGCAGUUCAGGGAGAACAAGUACCCCGUCUCCAUCGGCAACAUCACCAUCCAGGUGGACGGCAUCCAUGUUGUGGAGGCGCUGAACAUGAACCAGGUGCCGCUGUACUCCUGCUACCUGGUGCUGCUGGCCGUCUGCCUCUGCUUCAUGGCGCUCUACUUCCUGUCGCUCAAGUUCAUCAAGCAGAAGUCCAGCCAGGACUGGUGAACACAGGAGGGCCUGAACGCAGCGAGCCGCAGGUCGACUGGUUCGACGCUUCGAUUCAGCAGGAACAUUUUUUAUUUUUAGAAACAUUAAACUGCUUUCCUUGGAGCAGAAUAUCUCACAGAUCCAGCCUGGGCACGGUGCUGCAGUGGUGUUUGCACCGUCACCUCACAGCGAGGCGGACCCCGGUCGGAUCUGCACUGCGGGGCCUGUGUGUGUUUGCAUGUUCUCCCUGUUCCUGCACUCUUUUCCCACAGUUCAAAAACAUGCAUUCGAGGUUAAUCCGUGGCCCUGAAUUGGUUGCAGUGCUCGGGGCUGCUGCUGGAUGGCAGUAGAGCACUGCACUGAUGUCUACACUGAAAACAGGAGAUCAUUUUUUAUUUUAUUUCUCCCCCUCCUCUGUCAUGGAAGUGAUUAGAGCGCUACUUUGGCAGAUAUCCAUCUGCAGCUUUCGCUUGUUCUCUUUUCAAUCUCCUUUCCCUCCUGCUUUAUCUAUUUUUUUGUGUGUGUAUAUGUCAGGUUAUUAAGCUUACUGUAACAAUGUGUGUGUGCCAGUGUUUUGGGGGGAAAAGCAGAGGAGAGAUUUAGUAAGUCACACUCAGAAAAAAAAAAAAAAAAUCUUGUACUUCUUGUUUCCUCACAGAUUGAAGGUUAUGUAAGAUGUGUGGGGUUUUUUUGCACUGGUGCAAAUGCCCACUAAAUAAUUUACCAACAUGGUUUUAGUCCAAAUUAGUAAAGCAUUAAAUCCAAUUGCUUCA